UGUCAUCCUUCAUCGAAGAGGAAAAAAUUUCUGAGUGCUGACUUGACUUUUCUCAGUUCGCAUUUCGUGUGCUGUUGCUCGUCUUUUCUCGUUUCAUGGUUUUCGCGUGAGUCGAGUGAGAAUUAGCGCAAAUGGCUGACAACUCGUCAUUUCGUUCAAACGAGUGCGAAAUUGAAAAUGCGUCGCGCAAGUUAGUGCUCUGAAAAAAGAUGUCGAAGUGUUAUAUUGUCCCCUGUGAAAACUGAAAAAAGAAAUUUCCCGUUCGUUGUGCAAGAGGAGUGCGUGAAAAGUGCGCGAGUGAAGGCUAUUGGAAUCUAGUGAAAAUGAAUCGUCAUCAGAUACUGAGUGGUGCCUGCAAUGCUGGUGAUCGAUGCUAUGCAGUCGGCUCCGUCGAAGGAAUCCCCUUUACCGCGUAUGCCGCAGGAUGUAAUAUCGUUAUAUUGGCAAGCACAUUUGAAAGGGUACAAAUAAUUCCUGGUGCUGUUCAUGGUUAUAUUAAAAUCUCAGCAUUAGAUUGUAGUACCGACACAGGGAAAAUAGCAGCCGCUUACGAAGAUAAAAUUUGCAUUUUCGAACCGACACCAUUAAUCCAGACAGACACACGAUCUGCACACAAUUUAGAAUAUAAAUGGGUACAAACCGGAAGUUUACAAACCACUUCCAACGUAACAUCAUUGUCAUGGAAUUUAGAAGGUACUCGCUUGCUCACGGGUGGAACAACUCUCCAAAUGUGGAGAGAGAAGAUUUCCGUGACCGAUGAUAAUGAACCACCAGUUGUUAAGUUCGAAAUAGGAGGCGACCGUGAUCCAAAGACCCCAACAAAUGAGAAGGAGGAUGAGAUUGCUUGGGAAUGCAUUUGGACCUGCCAAACGGCCACUCCGGUACACCACAUGACGUUCAGUCCUGACGGCACUCUAUUCGCAACAUCUGGAAAAAAUGAUCGGCUUGUUAAAAUUUGGUACGAAAACAAACAUGUGUUGUUUCCAACCAAAAGUAUAGACAGCUCUCAAUAUCGAUCGGGAACCUUUGAUGACAGCGAAUUGAAUUUUGGUUUUGUAUAUAUAGCCCAUCCGCGAGCCGUAACACAAAUCUCUUGGCGUAAAACUAGCAAAUAUAUGCCAAAAGGAUCAGUAUCCAACAUGUUGGUAACUUCAUGCUUAGAUAAUAUAUGCCGGAUUUGGAUUGAGACUGUCCUUCCUGAUGAUGGACUAGUAAAUAUGAAUCAGUUCGAUCCUUUAGCAUCACAAAAUCCAAAGUUUCGAACCCAUAGACAUAAGCAUAGAUUUAUGCAACGUUUAAAACACAUGAAAACCUGCUUUCACAUCAGGCGGCAUGCUAAGAAUGGAGCCAUAGUAGGGACAGUGGCGCCUGGAUUUGCAGGUCAUGGAACUGAUUCUAGUAUCGGACACUCCCCCAUACCAUCCUUACCUUCCACAUAUAGUGUUCACGAUUUCCAUUCAUAUGGCUACCAUGGUACCGGGGUUAGCCCCGGUGUACAUUUCCACUUAGCUGCAUCUAUUAAUGCAGAAACGGAUAUACCUUUAGUUCCUUCAAUGCAAACAACGGAUGCAAGCAAUCAACCUAACUUUAUUUUACACUGGCUUAACAAUAAGGAGAUGAACUUCACUCUACAGGCUGAAGCUAUUCUCCAAGAAUUAACAAGAAAGACAAUAGAGAAAGAAGAAAUACAUCACCACGUAAUUAAUGGCGCUCAUUUAGAUGAAUCAGAUGAUCACACAGAAGAACCACAGAAGAAGAAAUUCAGUAAAUCGCACAAAUCAUUUUCACAUGAGGAGAGCAAUAGUGAGGAACACUCAAGUAAACAUUCCACAUACGGUGGCCACGGAGGCAUGCCGAAUGUAAACUCAAUGUCGAAUACCACAUCGUCGAAUUCUCUAGCGCCAGAUAAUCCGUCCGCCCACGUAACUGAUUCGCUUGAUGUGAAAAUCGAUUGUUUACUUCGCGAUUGGCACCAUAGUCCCGAUUUGUUAUUUGCUAUUCAUCCAAUAGACGGCAGCUAUUUGAUUUGGAUUAUAGAAUGGUUGGACGACUACUAUCCUGGCUCCUUUAGACAGGCGCAAGUAUCGUUUUCUACUCGUAUACCAUCGGCUUUCCCUCUGGGUGAUGCCAUGUCAAUGUCGACAACAGUGGCAUUAUACAAUACAGGAUGCAGCCCCCUUUUCUUCAAGGAAAUGGUUAAAGGUGCGAAAAAGCAAGCAGCUCCUCCGCCUUCACAGGAAAAUACAUCUGACUCCCAAGUCCCAUUACCCAGUGUCGUUGAGGAGCAAGAUGAUGAGUCUACCCAAGGCCAGUCCGGGCAAGGAGAUGGUGAAAGUAACGUCGAGAGCAAUGCUGAUCAGAAGGAAACUGCAGCAGACGCUGCUCAGAAAGCAAAUCAAAACGCUGAUGUUUUGUCUGCACAGCCUUCUCCAACGAUUUCCAUGGUCACGAAGCAUUCAAACGGCACAUUAAAUCUCUGGCAAUUGACUUUUGCUGACAAAACCAAAUUCACACAGGUGUUAAGCAUUGGUCAUGUUUGUAGGGCGUCUGGUCAUCGCUUCAGAGUAAAUGAUAUAACAUGCCAUCCUGUACUACCUUUGUUAGUAACAACAUCUCAUCACAAUAUUCCUGACAGCUCUUCAAAGUCUGCUGAGAGGCAAAAUUCAAACCGUGAUAUUUGUGGUCCAACAGGCUUCUGCUCGGAGUUGAUUUUAUGGCGUGUAGAUUCAGUAGGACCUUUGUCACAUUCAGGAGGAGUAAGUGAACUUGCACGUAUUAAUUCACCAGAAAUAUCAGCGUUCAGUAAUGUGGCCUGGAUUCCGACUUUACUACCUAGCACUACACUUGGCAGCUACAGCAACUCUCCAUCAGCUUGCUUUGUAGCCAGCGAUGGAGAAUGUUUGCGUGUCUAUCAAGCUGUAAUUGAUGCUAGGACGCUCCUCGCUGAAGUUUCAUGCUCAGAGCGUAUCAGCAGAAAAGCCAGUUCAUUGGCUUCUAUUUCAACGGAGUGUUCAUCAGAUAAUCCAAUCCAUAAAUCGUCAUUGCAUGAUAAAAUCAAAAUCGUUUCUCAACAGUCGACAGCCCGUCCGGGGUGUAUCAUACAAUUAGACGCUAUUGAAGAUGCCACACAUGACUGGCAAAAUACCCAAUUCUUACACGUGUUCCAAGAGCAGCUAAUAACGGGUGAGAAAAAUGACAAUAAGAUUGCAUCAGGGUUGACGGAUUCAAUCAAUGCACCCGGUUUUAUGGAGUCACAUUUAGGUGCUAUAGUUGAUUUGCAGCGAUCGGCGGAAUUCGAAGAACCAUUCUAUAUCGUCAUUAUCGAGCGAACUACUAAGGGCAGUACAAUUCAUAUGUGGCGCAUUGUGAUCUCGUCGAAAUCGCAAAGUCCUUACCUUUCCGAAUCAGCAAUGUAUGUCCCGGACAGUAAUUUGGUGCAAGAUUUAGAGGAGCCUGAAACUGGACCACGACAUUCUGUAUCCGGUUUGAAUUUGCUGGAGAAUCCCGAUAUUGAGGUGGAAGCUCCUCAUGUGGUAAUCGUUACAAAGAAAGUUUGCACCCAAGAACUGCCUCUUCCCGAUGGAGUUGACGUUGUUCAUGCCUCGCCUGCAGCCGGUCAUCUAAGUUCUUCUUCCAUCUAUCCAGCUUGCUUCGCUCCUUAUAUUAUUGUAACCGCAUGCUCUGAUUCGACAACCCGUUUCUGGAAAUGUAAUAUUAAUUCCACACUGGAUAACAAUUCCGAAGUACAAUUGUCUUAUGAAUGGUCUGAAUGGAAGAUGUUGAGCAAGAACCAGGAGUCAACAAUCGAAAUUUCAGGCCAGCCUUUGAAUAUAAGUGCCGCGUAUUCUGGACGGAUAGCCUGUGCAUAUAAGUAUGGAAAAUCUUUCACGAGACCUCAUAAAGGAGAUCCUGACUCUCGUUACGUGAAUCUUUGUGUUGCAAUAUAUGAAUGUGAAAGUACUGGUGGAAGUGAAUGGGUGCUAGAAGAUACAAUUCACAUGCGUAACGUACAUUUGCCACGAAUCCAAAUUGAUCCUAAUCUAGAUUUGAGUUACUUGCAUGACAAUCGAUUCUUGCAGAAGAAGCAAAGGCUGAAUCAAGUAAUCCAGACUUUUACACAUGACGACAAUAGAUCGCCUCGAAGUGGGGAGAUUACGCCAGAAUUAAUGCCAAAGUCAACAGGAUUGCUUGCUGUUCCCAGCUUCAGUACACUUCAGUCAUUACGUAAAAGUAUUACGGAGAAUGGAAAUACUUGUCCUCUUACCCAAAAACAUUUGGUACAACUAGACUGGGUUUCAAAAGAAGACGGUUCACACAUCUUAACGGUUGCCGUCGGAAGCAAAAUCCUGCUGUACACUCCUGUGUCUAGCGAUUUGGCCCAAGCAAAUAUGAAAGCCAUGAAGGAGAGUCAAACUGCAAACAGACCGAUCCUUCGGAAGGCGAGUUCUUUAGCUCAACCUCAUUUCAAUGAUGAGAUUCGAUGGAUGAAACUAAGACAGAUCGAUUUACAAACAGCGGACGGUUUGCCGCCUCUUCCCAUGCAAAUAUCUUGGGUUCGCGAUGGCAUUCUGGUAGUUGGAAUGGACUCUGAGAUGCAUGUUUAUUCACAAUGGAAGCCGCGUGUUAGCCAGAUCCACAACAUUGAGGAUAUUCUUGAUAACAGGAAUUUACGCGAUGAAGACUUACGUUCCUUGCACGAGAGCAGCAACCGUCGAUUAGCGAAUGUGGCAUCCAUGCCCCAUUUAUCUCGAGUGAGUUCUGUAAAUCUUCAGAUUCUUAACUCAGAAAAGAAGAAAAAGUCUUCCGCGCAACUGUCAAGCAGUUCAGGCAAUGGUCAAGAGGUAGUAGAUUAUGACUACAUGACUGAUUAUGGAUUGUUCCAAGCUUCAAGAAUUGCUUGUCCAGUUUUACCACAAUAUCAUCCGAAGCAAUUGAUGGAAUUAUUAAACUCUGGAAAAAUUCGAUGGGUCAAAGCAAUUUUGGCACAUUUAGUUCGUUGUAUGAGCGGAACAUAUAAUUUACAAGGAACUGGUGGCGAUGACGAAAGUGUAAGUAAACAGCGCGCUUGGUCGCGAUCGAGAACAUUGUCAAUGAGUUAUGUAGGAGCGACAGGAAGUCCAACGGAAAAGCGCGGCUCAACAUCUCAAAUACCCGAAGAGUUAACUUUGGAUUAUGCGGAAAUAACUUCAAUUCCACCACUUCCACUUUGGGUUCUACUCUCCGCUGAUAAAGAAGGAACAGGUCAAGUAACGACACAGAAAGAGGAAACGGAUGGUUAUGAUGAGCUUUUCGAGGGGAACCCCGAUGCCGAGACGUCAUUAGACGACUAUCUAGAUAGCGAUAGUGAACCUCGUCGUUGUGAUCGUAGACAAUCAGUUCCGGAGCGGCAAAGUAUUGCCCACUUUGGGCCAAGACAGGGUCAACUAUUAUCACGACUCUUAACACAUACUCAUUUGCCGGGUCUUUCGUCAUUAGAUCAAAUGCAUUUGCUAGCACUUGCCGAUACUGUGGCUACCUGCAACACUGAUUUUUCAGAACGUUUCGCCAUUGAUGCGGCCAAAACCGCUAUCGCAAAGGAGAAUUUAAGUGGAUCAUCGGAAGCAGUUGAACACGUAUCUACGGAUUCGUUGGAUGAUUGUGGUCUCCGCUUCCUUUUGGCGAUGAAGCAUUACAGUUAUUUGUUGAGGUGUUUACCAUUAACACAAAGAAAUACCUUUCAAAAGCAAGGAGUUGCUACUUCGAAUAUCGUGUGGGCUUUUCAUUCUGAGAGUGAAGAUGAAUUACUCAAUCUAAUCCCUUCGUACAGUAAAGGUCAAAUUAAAUGGGCUACAUUGAAAGAACUGGGAGUGGGCUGGUGGCUCCGAAAUAAUAUGUUACUGAAACAAUGCAUUGAAAAACUGGCAAAAGCCGCAUAUCAAGUUAAGCAAGACCCACUCGAUGCUGCUAUCUACUAUUUAGCAAUGAAGAAAAAGAACAUUGUAAAAGGCCUUUUCAAAUCAAAGCGUGAUGAAAAAAUGACUGGCUUUUUCGGAAACAAUUUUGAAGAACCGAGAUGGCGCACUGCAGCUUUGAAAAAUGCAUUCGUUUUACUGGGAAAGCAACGAUUUGAACACUCAGUAGCAUUUUUCCUAUUAGCAAAUUCCCUAAAAGAUGCAAUUCAAGUCUGCUUGAACAAUUUAGAAGAUUUCCAGUUGGCGUUGGUUUUAACAAGACUGUAUGAAGGUGGGGAACAUGAUUUAACCCCGCCAUCAUAUAAACAAUUACUUUAUGAGCAUAUUCUUGGCUGUGAUAGUGAAGGAAAUAAUCAGGAUUUAAGCAAAGCUCAUCCUGAUCCAUUCCUUCGAUCAAUAGCAUUGUGGCAAUUGAAGAAUUAUUCAGGUAGCUUGAACACUCUUUUGGAAAACAAUGUUGGACUGAAUCACCCGGCCUAUAACGAUGAAGAAGCUCUGUCCAAAGCUGAAAGCGGACAUUCAACAAAUCCGAACGUGUUCAACUUUUACAUAUACCUAAGAACACAUCCUUUACUCAUCCGACAGCAGAUAGCCACUACCGCUCAAGAAAAGAAACUAGCUCAAGUUGUUUUGGCCGGUUUUAGCUAUAACGGAGAAGUUGGCGGAACUGAUGACAGCGACAAGCAGUUACAGGUUGACGAUGCAAUCACCCCACUAGAAAGACAGUUGUACUUCACCACUGCACACGGACAUUUCAAAGCGGGUUGUCCUGCUUUAGCCCUGGAAGUAUUAAGUAAAUUACCUUCGAAAGUAUUAGAAACUUAUGCCAACAAUGAAGUGAUAGCCCCCAGCGAGGAAGAUACCAAUACUCAGAUUCAUACAGGAAUUUUAGAUUGGGGCACGCCCGUACCGAAAGCGCAAGAAACUGCAGAUAGUAUAGAUUGGGGUCAACCAACCACAGCCCAAACUGCCGAUAGCUUUGACUGGGGUGCUCCAGUUUCAAGUGGUGUGCAAGAAGAAGAAUUCCGUAUUGUAUGGGAUGAGGAGGAAAACAAGGAUGAUGAAGAUGAGGAUGACGAGGACGGCGGCUUAAGUUUCAAGACAAAGAAGGACGAAAACAACGAUACCAAAGAUAACAAUGACGAUAAUUCGAAACGACCCCAGGAGAAACUUGAUAUAAUGGCACAACAAUUGAAGUUUGUUGCUUGUCUGAAAAUUUUGAUGGAAGAAUUGUCUACAUUAGCAACUGGAUUUGAAGUGGACGGAGGCCAAUUACGUUAUCAACUCUACAUUUGGCUAGAAAGAGAAGUGAUUGCUUUGAAACAAUUAUGUAAUUACAGUAGUAAGGAAUUCGAUGCAAUCGAUGAAAAUACCAACACCAUUGAAAUGAAUCCGGUUGAAAAGGAGAAUUUCGUUCGAACUGAAAGGCCGACUUUACAUGAGAUAUUGCUGCAAGAAAAUCAAGACUUCGAAGCAAAAGUCAAGCGUGCUGCUAAGAGAAAGAGAUGGCUAAAAGCCAACGAAACUCUUCUUCGCACAUUACUAUCCUAUUGUUCAUUGCAUGGUGCCAGUGGAGGCGGACUUGCCUCCGUUCGAAUGGAGUUAGUUCUCUUGCUACAAGAACUUCAGCAGGAAAAAACCCAACAACAACUAGCUAGCCCCCUACCCUUCCCCACAACACUACCACUGCUAAGUGCCUGUGUUGCAGGAAACAAAACAGUGAUAGCCGAUCCAAUAAGAUAUUUGCAAUCUCAAACGCAUGAUAUGCUGCAAACAACCAUUGGAUUCCGCACAACACCAAUCGGUCUGAAGGAGAGUUCCAAUGAGAUUUACAUCCUACGAGAUUUAGCCAUAGCGAUGUCAUCAUGUAUUUACCAAUCAUUGUGUGAUUCAGAGACAUUUGUUGUCAAUCAUGCUAUCGAAUCGUCUGGAUACCAAAGCCCAGGAAUUGAAAAUUUAGCAAAAUUAAAUGCCUCAUUUCAGUGUUCACAUUUAAUGGUUAAUGCUAACAUUUACAAUCGCCGAAGGAAGUAUUCAAUGGAUGAACCUCCUACGAUAAUAACACCCCCACAAAAGUGGCCAGGUGUUACAAAUCUACGAGCUCUGCUCGCUAGGGAAAAAGACGAAGAUACUCCACGUCUGAAUGUUCUUCUGCUUGAGUCGUUCAUAGCUACAUUUAUGGCACUUCUAGUAUAUGCUCUAGCAACUUGUGAUUGUCAUAUAUUAUAUCGACUUGUGGGUCAAGAAUUCACCAGCGCUACCUGGGCUUUACUAUUCGGUGGUGGCACUAAGAAAUUACUGCGAAAAGCAACUUGUGAAAAUCAUGUUCAUCAAAGUAUCCAGAGUGCCAAUACGUCACAAGAAAAUGGUGAACCUGCAGAAGGAGGAAUGUGGAGUGCAAUGACUUCAAUGACAAAACAACGAGUCCGAUUAAAUAUGAAGCUGUUGGGAACAUUUGGGAAUCCAUCUAAUGCAAAUCAAAUGAAAGAGGACAAGCCCACGUACAGAGAGCAGUUUGUACCUCCCGAAAUGUCGAUGGUGUCAUACUUCCUCAUUAAACCAAGUUAUGGUGGGCCGUGCGAAGAGGAUUAUGAUAGCGACAAUUCAGAAUAUUCAGAACUUGAAAGCGAAGAGGAGGAGGAUGUUUUCGCAGAUACAACUACUGAGCCAAAAACUAGCGCAUUCACACGACGUAAAGAUAAUACCGAACACUCUAAUCCAAAUUCAUACUCCUGGACGAUUCUAAGAGCUGCUACGGUUAAAUUGAUUCAAAAUAAACUGCAAGAAUAUAUUAGUAUAGCAGGCAUUGAACUGCAAGAACUUCCAGUCGCCAGCCCUCUAGCACAUGGCAUUCUUCGAGUGUUAUCACAGUGGCAAGAAGGCCUGAUGGAAGAAUUGUAUAUGAAAGGACCAGCACCUUCAAAUUAUAUACCAGGAUGCUUCACCGAGUCGGAUGCAAAAGGUCCAGCUAUUCAUAAAUAUCGAUCACUCCUUGAAAGACAUAACACACCAUUUUUGAGCGGCUCGACAGCUGGACCAGCUCGUCGUCUUUGGAACUAUCUUGUGCGGCAAGAGCAUGUUCAGGACAUAUUCAUUCGAGCGGUGUUUGGCAAAAAACGUCAGCUUCCAUCCGAUUUGAAUUCGAAUACAUCAUCAGACCCACAUACAACUGAAGAUUUAUCGUUAUUUGAAAAUGGUGAUACAGCGACACUUCAUUCUAACCCCGAUCCAAUUCGCGUAAUUCACAAGGAGCAAGAAUCCAUAUCGGCAUUCUGUAUUAACAAUGUUACACCUGGGCUUAUUGCGAUAGCAACACCCAGAGAAAUUCAAGAAAUGGAUAUAUCCCUUCUACUCGAAUCCCCUCACUGGUAUGAGGAUGAAUGUGAAUACGAUAUUCUUAACUUGUCCAAAGAUUCCGAUACACUACCCACAAGUAGUUUUCUAGUCAUUCAAACGUCAACGGAUAAGCACAUAUUGAAUCAAAUAACCUCAAACGCUCAAAACUACAAUCCGUCGGUGACACCACAAACGGGAAUGGGAAGUCAAUCGGGCCGGGGAACAUCCGUGAUAAAAGGAGCGAAUUUCCCAGGGUGUCAUGACGCACGAUUCUGUAAGCUGAUUAUAGAUCGCUCGAAGCAUUUGCUUAAACCGGUCCUUAAACACAAAGUGGACAAUGUUAAACGAAUGUGCGCCCAUCCACUGAUGCCAGUCUAUAUAACCGGAGGCCAAGAUGGAUCCGUCCAAUUGUGGGAAUGGGGUCAUCAACAGGUGGUUUGCACACCAAGACCACCUGGAACUUUUGCGAAGGUGACAAGAUGUCGAUUCUCACAACAUGGCAACAAAUUCGGAAUAGCUGAUGGCGAUGGAAACUUGAGUUUAUGGCAAGCUGGUAUAGCAUCACAAAGCAAUAGAUCAUUUUUCAAUUAUCAAUGUCAUAAUAAAGGAAUUGCAGACUUUGUCUUCCUCGGUUCUUGCAGUCUCGUCGCCACAGCUGGGCACAGUUCAGAAAAUAAAAACGUGGGCAUUUGGGAUACUUUACUUCCACAGAAAAAAUCCUUAGUAGCAUCUUUCACUUGCCACGAUCAGGGUGCAUCUAGUUUAAUUUAUGCUCCUCAGCAUCAAGUUCUGAUAUCAGCCGGUAAGAAAGGAGAUGUUUGCAUUUUCGAUGUUAGGCAGCGGACGUUACGCCAACGAUUACAAGCUCAUGAAAGCUCUGUAAAAUGUUUAGCGAUCGAUCCCCACGAAGAGAUUUUUGUAACUGGUUCGGCUGAUGGCGAUAUUAAGAUUUGGAGUCUAACAAAUAGCUAUCGCCCCAUUCAUUCAUACAUCGGGGAGCAUGCUCGAAGCAGCUUCUUCAAGCAUAUUGGACAAGGCGUGAGUCAACUUCAUAUUGAUUCGCACGGUCGACUGUUCUCAUGUGGUUCAGAUGGUUCGAUGAAAGUAAGACAACUUUCCGAUAUGAUAGUUCAAACGCUUUAAGGAGGAAUAUAACGAUGUGGUGUCUAAAAAUAAUAAAUAAAGUUGCAAGUAAAUAAGUCAACUUUUAUUGCUGUAUGUAUUAUAGAUCACAUUUAUUUAUGUAUAUUAUUUAAAGUAAAACCCCUCAAUAAACACAUGAAAUACAGACAGAGCAUUAAUUUCGAGUUAUACACAAUGAAAUUCUUAGAUUCAUAAAGCAAUUAUUUUAUUGGAAUUUCAUGUUUCCCAUCUAAACCUGAACAGGAUCUGACAAUACGUGUAAAGGUUUCUAUAUUGUAUGUAUUAUUUCAAUUUAUAAUUGAUUAUACUGUUAAUUAGCUUGACAAUGCUCUUAAAUAAAUAUAUAUAUAUAAAGAAAAUAAAUGUAAUACAAAAUAAUAUUAUUUUGUAAAAUAAUGUUAUUGUAAAUUUGAUUCACUAUGUAUUUAUGUGUCGCGUAUACAGUUUAGAGUUAUAAAGACAAUUAAAUAAAAAAUGUUAACCCUUAUUCAAUCGAAGAGAGCCUGCAUAGUUAAUAUAUACAAAAUAUAUUUGAAAACAGAAGUAAAUGAAAGAGAUCCUAUAUGAAGAUGAUAUACAUGUAACAAUAACGUUGGAGAUAAUCUCAUCCUGAUAGCAGUUUGCUCUGGAAGCAACGGCUUCGAAACGUCUUAUGUUAAUUGUUUAGCGAAAAAGUGCAAAAAAUAUUUAAUGAUUAACGAAAUGAAGUUUGUUAUUGAAGAAUGUUGGAAAUCCCAGUUCCCAGAUUUAACAUGUCGCUCGAGUUUCUCCCUUCAUCUUUGUAAAAUUGUUCUCUUUUCUCGCGUUCUCAAUCAAAAUGCAAUUUGUGGCUUAAACUAUAUACGAUAAUAUCGAUGAAAUGUACUAGUUAAUCUUUAUGCAUAUAAACAAAAUCUGUGUCACUUGUUAGUAUUUCCCUCUUUGUUUUUCCGAUCCUACACAUUAUAUUUUAUCACACUUUACAGUGUAUUGUAAUCGUUAUUUUUAUUUUAUUAUUAAAUUUACAUAUUGAAAACAAAG